AUGAUGGCAAGCCAGGAGACGGAGCUCGAAGUUCUGAUUGUCAACGGAACCGACUAUGAAAUCGAAGUGAAGGUACAUUCCAAAACAGUGAAGGGCGCCAAGAUUUCGUUCCCCGUCAAGCCAGGGGCAAGAAAGACUGUGCUGACGCGGCAGCGACCCAGAAUCGAAGUGGUCAUGCUUGGCAAGACUUCCCAGCCGCUUUCCGUGCAGAAUCUGCACGCCCAGUACACGAUCACGGUGACGAAUGUGAGUGGCGAGCCGAAGCUCACCUAUGGAGGAUUUGGGGAGUGUUCGCCAAGGAAACAGCAUGACCCUUGUGAAAUUGCCCUUCCCAGCUGCUUUCUGAGUUGA